UUAGCCUGGGAACCUCCAUAUGCCCUGGGUGUGGCCCUAAAAAAAAAAAAAAAGACAAAAAAUAGAGAAAGAAAAAGAAAAAGAAUAAUGAGAACUCACAGAAUGGCUUGACAACCAGAAGGCAGAUUCUCUCUUUGGGGCUGGGGCCCUCUUCCCUAAUUUCAAGAAAGUUCCACCUAAUACUGAACAAAAUAGGAUUCUGUUAGCAAGAAAGGAAAAGAAAUAGCUCCUCUAUAUUGAGGCAAACAGCCUCUAGCUCCCAGUGACCUGUUUCCUGGUUUUCACGCUCUUAGGUAGACCCCUCCCAAGUGAAAUAAAGCUGACCUAGGUAACUGAUAGGAUAUUGUGGAAAUGGUGGCCUGUGACUUUCUAGGUUAGGUAAUAAAACACCCUGUGGCUUCUCUCUUGUUCUCUCACCCUGGGGAAAGCCGGCUGCCAUGUCAUGGGGACACUCAAUCAACCCUAUGGAGAGGUCCAUCUACUGAGGAACCAAGGCUUCUUGCCAGCUUCAGUUUUCUUGUUUCCUCGUCUGUAAAAUGGGUACAACAACCAUCACUUUGAUGCCUUUCGAAGGUGCUGGAGACGGGCCUGGUGCUGUGCCGGCAUGCCAACGCUGUCACCGAGGCUGCCCUGGCCUUCCUGACGGAGGCACCUGCCCGAGCCCGAAAGAUCCCCCUGCCCCAGGCGGGGGUUUCCUGCAACGGGGCCGCCCAGCCUGGCACCUUCCAGGCCCGGGACAAUAUCUCCAACUUCAUCCAGUGGUGUCGCAAGGAGAUGGGCAUCCAAGAGGUGCUGAUGUUCGAGACGGAGGACCUGGUGCUGCGCAAGAACGUGAAGAACGUGCUUCUGUGCCUGCUGGAGCUGGGUCGCCGGGCCUGGCGCUUCGGCGUCGCGGCGCCCACCCUGGUGCGGCUGGAGGAGGAGAUCGACGAGGAGCUGCGGCAGGAGCUGGCCCUACCCCCGCCCGACCCCCCGCCGCCCGAGCCCCCUAGACGCCGGCCCUGCCACUUCCGCAACCUGGACCACGUGGUGCAGAGCCUGGUGAGCCACUGCACGUGCCCGGUGCAGUUCUCCAUGGUCAAGGUGUCGGAGGGGAAGUACCAGGUGGGAGACUCCAACACCCUCAUCUUCAUCCGAAUCCUCCGGGACCACGUGAUGGUGCGUGUCGGGGGCGGCUGGGACACGCUGGGUCACUAUCUGGACAAACAUGAUCCCUGCCGGUGCACAUCCCUCUCACACAAGGCGGGUGACUUCCUGAAGCCCCCUGCCUCACCGGUGCAGCAUGAAGUGAGGGUGCAGGAUGGGCCCUCCCAGCCUCAGCCUACAAUGACCAUCAGCCGCUCCCAGAGCCCCCCACCUCCUGUGGACUGGAAGACAUACACCUCUUUGGGUGGAAAGCUGAGGCCCCCCGCCGCCUCCUCCCCCAGACCCCGCUGUGAACAGAGAGCAGGGGCAGGGAUCGUCCGAAAGACAGCACCAUUCGUGAGGUGCCAGGAGAAAUCGCUCACCCCAUCUCAGAGGCAGCUGCCAGCCGGGGACAGUGCACCCAGCCACCAAUUGUCAUCCACCCCUUGGGAGCAAGACCCACAGCUCACCUCCUCAGGGAAGAGAGGGGUCAGAUACCCCCCUGAACUCCCCAGGGGAAGGACUCCUACAUCUUGGGUUCGUGAAGAGACAGACAGUCGGGGAACUCAUGCCAGGACUUCCACCCCCCAGAGAUGCCGAGCCCCUGAGGCCACCGUCAGAGGGACACCAGCAAGACGACCAUCUCCCCUGCCUCGUUCCUCCAGCCCAGCCAAGCCCGCGGGCCCCAGGCCACCACCCCAGGGUGAAGCCGAGGGUGCUUCCUCCCAGCUCAGGGAGCCAGCAUCCGUUUGUCCUCCAUCCCCUGCUAAAGGACCCACCAAGAUCCCAGUCUGGUUGCCCCCAGCUCGCCCCCCAACUCCAGGAAGAAGCUUUCCAGGUACUGCAGGUGGAGGUCCCAGGACAGAACUGGGGAGGGGCCCCAGUCCAUUAAGGGCCAUCACUGGGGACCUGUCUGGGUCCAGACAUGAGGGCUGCUCUGUGGAAGAGCGGCAAGAGGACCAUAAACUGGAAGUCCAGGUGACAGCAGAGGCUGGAGAGCCCUGGGGCCUGGGCCCCCAGCGUCAGGAGGGGAGGUACGUGCCCCUGCCCUUGGGCGGGGCCAAGGAGCAAGCCAUCAACCACAGCCUGCAGGAGGAACUUUCCGCCAACAUGAAGCUGCUGGAGGUGGGGGGUGCCCGCCCCCACGGCACAGGGGCUGGGGUCAUUCCCCGAAGUGGGGUCUACGUUCCCAGCCUGGGUGGGCGGUGGCCUGAGCCUGGGGGUCCUUAUGACAAAGUCAUCCAGGAACUGGCUCAGGGCCCCCCACCCCUUCUUAGAGUGGACCUGGGAGCCUGGAACUCCGCCCCUGGAGGCUCCCCUAAGGCGGCUCUAACUGCAGGCUCAGGAAGCCCAAGAGGGAACCCGGGAGAGAGCAGGUUGAGGACAAAGGCAAGCCUGAGUGCCAAGGGCACCAGGACAAGGACGGUCCCACCUCAAGGAGGGCAGGACUGCUCAGCCCCUGCUGUGCCUGCCAGCCCAGAGGCCCCCACACCUUCACUCUCAGACCCCAGUUCUGAGAAAGGCGAGUCAUGGGCAGCCAAGGGCAAGAGAACACUCCGGAAGCCCCAGCGAGUCCCAUCCAUCUACAAGCUGAAGCUAAGGCCCAGGCUCCGGCCCCGGAGAGACCACAGGCCUGAGAAGCGGCCGUCUCGAAUCCCCAAGCCGCUGACCUACUUCCGCCUGGGUCCAACCAGGGCACCCCCCGGGGGCAGGCUGGUGACAGCAGCUCUGGGCAGCAAGGGAGGGGUGGCAACCCCGGGGAAGGGAGCCUCGGCAGGGGAGGAGGAAGAAGGAAAGCAGGGGAGCAAGCCAGCCGCCCCACUGGAGAGCAGCCCCCAGCCCCUGGAAGGUCAGGGGAAGCAGCGGCUUCAAGUCUCCCUCUCACCUGAAGAGGAGUCUUGGGUCUGAGAAGGCGCUUCUGCUCACGAGCCUGUGGGUGUAGGGAGGAGGGUCGUGAGAAGACGCUCACGUACGCGUCCAGUCCAUCGCACGUCCAGUGGCAGGAACAGAAGGGAAGGUCCCUCACCUCAAUACAGGGCCUUGGCCCGGAGACAAAUACAGACUCAAUCUGCUCAACUGAGCAGAAGGGCGACCCAUCGGUCCCACUCCAGCUCCAGGGUGGUGGGGUACCCUCUCCCAGAGCAGCUCCCCAAACUCCUGAACUCUAUCCUCUGGCCAUGCCCACUGUUUCCGCAGCUCUUCUAACUUAUUAAACACCAGUGGGUCUGUUCCUGAGCCCCCAGCGCCAUGAGUCCAACUGUGUGGUGCAGGAAGGUGUGUGCAGACACCUUCCCACUUGGGAAGAAGGGGAUAGGGGAGCGAGUGGGGGUGAGAGGAUCCCCUGCUCCAGGCUCAGCUGACCUGGCCAGGGAGCCCUUCUCUCCUGGAAGCAGCUGUUACAUCAGCACCACGGACAGGGACAAGGCCACCCAGCACAGGCUCCUUCCGGCAGGACUUUAAAAAACUUUGCUUUGCAGGUUGGGAAAUGGCAUCACUGAGGAAAGAGGGAUGGUUCUUUAACACCUCUGCACCCAAGGAGUUACGACCAGGGGGCAGGGGUGCGGCUGCAGAGUGGGAGAAAAGACAAGAGCAGAAGCUGGGAUUGAGUCCACUUAGGAAAGGUUUUCCAAGAAAGUGGCAGAGGGACAUGUUAUGCUUCUCCUCUGGAUUUUUUUUUUUUUUUUUAAGGGCCGUGCCUUCUGCAUAUGGAGCUUCCCAGGCUAGGGGCUGAAUCGGAGUUACAGCUACCAGCCUCUGCCAGAUCGUUAACCCACUGCCAGGUCUUUGACCCACACCACAGCUCAUGGCAAUGCUGGAUCCUUAACCAACUGAGUGGGGCCAGGGGUUGAACCCGCAUCCUCAUGGGUCCUAGUCGGGUUUGUUGCUGCUGAGCCACAACGGGAACUCCUCCCCAGGAUGGUUCUGACCAGCUGGAGGGUUCUGGGGCGGGGCCUGGUGGAGAAGAGGCGUCCCAAGCUCACCCUCUUUCCCUGCAUUCCCCCAGCUGACCUGGGCUUUGGGAUUCAGGCCCUGUAGGGAGCCCCUUCCUUCCCACGGCAGGAACUGAGCCAACACCUUGGUACAGAAACGAGGGAAAACACUCCCUGAUUUUUAAUCUGACUUCCGAUCACAGCGCAAUGGGUGUCACACACGCUUCCAGACCCUGUGGUGGGAAACCCUGGGGGGGGGCGGGAGAAGGACAGAGACUCAGAAUGGGGGCAGAAGGAAUCAAAAUCAAAGAUCUGGGGUAAAGCGGGGGUUGGGGCGGGCGAGGGGGGCUGGCCAGGCAAUACAUUCCAAUGGCUCCCACACGGGGCAGCCCGAGGCCUGGGUCCCUCACCCUCACCUCAGGUGCCUCAGAGCUGGAGGUGACAGUGAUGGGGCAGGUGAGGUGCUGCCAUCCCUCACCCUGUCCCCCUGGUGAAUCAGGGAGGCAAGGGUGCAAGGGAUAAAAGGGGGGCAGGCCCUCUUCCUUACCCUCCCAGCCACUCCAAUGUGUGGGGGAAGGGAGCCACCUCCUCUGCUUCAGAGGGAGGCUCAGAGAGGGUAGGUCACUUGCCCAAAGUCAUGCAGCACAGCAGGGACCAGAACCCCAAAACACUGGACUGCCCAAGGUCAGGGCAGUCACUGCCGCGUUACCCCCAGUGAGUGGUGGUGGUGGGAUCACCUGGGGGAGCAGAAGGGAGAAAAGAAACUUCCUCCUACACUGGAUCCAGAUGAUGGUAGCCACCUGGGACCCCUCCCCCAGACUCCUCCCCAUCACCACUCUGGGCUACCUGGUUUCCUGGUCAAUGCACCACAGCUUGGCUCCGUCGAGGCUAGAUUGUUCUCUCUGUCCCUCUUCUAACAAGGGGCCUCACUAUCCUCCCACCAGAGCAGGGCUGAGGACUCGGUCUCAAGGAGAACUUGACCAGGAGGCAGGGGGUUCGCACCCAUUUCUCCCGCCCUCCAUGUCCCCCAGUAAUCCUUCAGGCCGCGCCUAGUAGCUUCAUGAUUUUUGUUAUUUCUAAAUCGGUACAAAACUGACAGUGAUCAGCUCCGGUGACAAGAGGUAGAAACUGGCCAGGCAGCCGGAGAAAAUGGGGCGGAGUGAGUCAGGGCAUCGGGUAAACCGAUGUUGGGACAAGAGGGCAUCAGAUCCUGCAGGGCUUCCGUCGAGGGGCGGGGAUGCUGGGAUAUCUCCCCCAAGCACAGGGGUCCCUGUAACGCUUUUCCUGGCUCGGCCCCUCCCCAGAUUAACCAAGGUAAUCUGAGAUUCAAGGCAGGCUGGGGUCCGGGGCAGUCCAGUUGGGGUCAGAUGGAGAGAGAGUCUGCACUAGCACAACCUGCCUGCCCCCUUCGGCGCCCGGCCCAUCACCAGCCCCCACGCCCCAACCCAACAUUCAGCCAAUUUGGCAGCCCACUCAGCCCAGAAGGGGACAGCGGGCUGGAACCUGGCUUCACGGAAAUAAAUCUAUCCUUUGGGUCACUCUUUCUCCAUACUCUGUCAAGGAAAAAAAAAAAAAAAAAAAAAAA